AUGCCUUUGUCCAAUGCCGCAAUGAUCGCGUUCUCGAUCCCUGAGAUUCUGGGGAUGAUUUUGCUAAAACUUGAUAUGCGCACACUACUCUGCUCCCAACGAACCUGUCGCUCUUGGUUCACGACGAUCAAAUACUCAACUGCUAUGCAAAAGGCUCUGUUUUUUACUCCCAUCGAAAAGAUUCCAAAUCAAGAGCCACUUCAGAAUUCCAUGCUGGCAGUAGCAUUCUCUGCACUCUUUGAUGCCACUGACCCCAACGACCCUGAAGACAAGUAUGACUACGGUCAAUCUGCCUUUUCUACAUUCGACAUGAUCAAAAAGCCUCAAAAGCUAGCCGCAUAUCUCCGACCGGAAGCAAGCUGGAGACGAAUGUUGGUCCAGCAGCCGCCGGUGCCUAAGUUUGCCGUGUUCGAGGAAGGGUUCGGAAUGGGCCAUGGGUAUAGAUUCUUCGAGAUUCCCGUGAGCCAUCUUCGACGUAAUCGCACGCAGGGUAGUGACCAACUAACAGCCCGAAUACAGGGUGAACCGGAAGGAUUCUCGGACGGCCUGCGCAUGGGAGACUUCUUUGAGGAGCUGCUCUUUGGUAACAAUGACUGGUACGCGCGCUGCAAUGUAAAACGUGUUAUCUGGUGGUGUCAGGCCCUUCCGCGUGUGCGAGACCCCUGUUGUGAGAUGAAGGAACUUUCUACCAGAAUCUUGAACUGUGAGAUUGUGGUUUGGCUUCGCUUCUAUUCCAACGGGUGCACGGAGUCGGAUGAUGAGGGGCCAACACAGGAUGAAGAAGCAAUGGACAGAAUUAAGGCUGCCUAUAGAGAAAUGGGAAUACAGCCGAAACUUCAUGGGAUGACUGGGGAAUUGGAAGAUUUGCAUUUAUGGGAUUAG